CUCAUGGUCCUCUCGGCGCACUUGCCACGUUGGGAUUGAGGACUCCUGAACUUCAAGUUGAACACCAUCGCCCGACGAAGAGCCCGGCCUGUUGUGACGACCAAGACUGUGUAUAUCUCCUCUAGUAAUCCCACCGGUACAAUGAAACUGUCCGACCCGAGUCAUUCGUUAUCAUAGUACCAGCUGAAAUAUGGCUCGACUAGGGCGCGGGGGCUUCCUGGCCCUUGCGGUCAUCUUCCACCUGGUCUAUAUCUAUUCCAUAUUCGACAUCUACUUUGUGAGCCCGAUCGUCCAUGGCAUGAGACCGUACAAGGUCGAACAAGAGCGUGCGCCUUCAAAACGACUUGUACUCUUCGUCGGCGAUGGACUCCGAGCGGACAAAGCGUUUCAAUCAUUCCCUGAUCCCUCUCCGCCCGACCCAGCCAACGCCGACUUGACCCCUCGGCCCCUCGCUCCUUUUCUACGUUCACGGGUCCUCGAACAUGGUACCUUUGGAGUGUCGCAUACACGUGUGCCGACAGAAUCGCGACCGGGCCAUGUCGCUCUCAUUGCCGGACUGUACGAAGACGUAUCCGCCGUCACGACUGGCUGGAAACUCAAUCCCGUGGACUUCGACAGCGUCUUCAACCGCAGUCGACAUACGUGGAGUUGGGGCAGUCCCGACAUUCUACCCAUGUUCAAGGAAGGGGCGGUGUCAGGUCGCGUGGAUGCUGAUUCAUAUGGUGAAGAGUUUGAGGACUUCACGCAAGAUGCGACACAGUUAGACACCUGGGUGUUCGAUAGGGUCAAGGCACUGUUUCAAUCGGCUAGCACAAAUUCAACCCUGAAUGCCAUGCUUCGCGAGGAUAAACUCGUCUUGUUCCUGCAUCUUCUUGGCUUGGACACCAGUGGGCAUGCUUACCGACCUUACUCCAAGGAGUACCUGCAUAAUAUCAAGGUUGUGGAUCAGGGUGUUGAAGAAAUCACCCAGUUAAUCGAGGACUUCUACGGAGAUGGCGAGACAUCCUACGUUUUCACCGCUGACCAUGGAAUGAGUGAUUGGGGAAGCCACGGCGACGGCCAUCCUGACAAUACAAGGACACCUCUAAUUGUAUGGGGUGCUGGUGUUGCCCGACCGCAAGUCUAUCCCGAUUCAAAGGCGCCAGGCCAUGAGGAUGGCUUCUCCUCUGACUGGGGUCUUGACCACAUCCAACGCCAUGAUGUGGACCAGGCGGACGUGGCCGCGCUGAUGACCUACCUUGCCGGGUUGGAAUUUCCCGUUAACUCAGUUGGGAAGCUACCCUUGUCAUAUCUUGCAGCUACUCUACCGGAGAAGGCGGCUGCAGCACUUGUCAACGUCAAGGAAGUCCUCGAGAUGUAUCAUGUCAAAGAAGGAGAGAAGAUGAUGACCUCACUGCACUAUCAGCCAUAUCCUCCUUUUUCAAAACCAAAUGGCUCCGUUGCUGACAGGAUCUCGGCCAUUGAAAGUGCAAUCCAGAGGGGUGACCAUGAGCAUGCCAUCGCCUUGUCUGCUGAUCUUUUCCAUCAUGCUCUCCAAGGUUUGAGGUACUUGCAGACAUAUGACUGGCUUUUCCUUCGAGCUCUCAUCACAGUGGGAUAUCUCGGCUGGAUUACUUUCGCUAUCACCACGGUCCUUGACCUUCACGUGCUUCAUGGAGCAGUGCCGGACGAGAGGACAACAGCGUCGACAUUUGCGUUCACUUCUAUCUUGGUUGUAUUAUACUCGUUUUUUGUUGUCGAAAAGUCUCCCCUUACAUAUUACGCAUAUGCCCUCUUCCCGGUCCUGUUCUGGGAGGAGGUUUUUGCUCGCAGGAAGGCUUUAAUUUCUGGGUGUCGGGUACUGUUUGGUCAUGUCCAGCGAUUUUCCGAUGGCUUGUCGCUUGGCUUCCAGGUUCUCUUCUUUUUGGGAGUUGUCGAAGCUUUGGUACAAUCGUACUUUCAUCGUAGCAUUCUCACUGCUUGCUAUAUCUUGGGUGCAUUUUACCCGUUGGUGUAUGGGGCGGGAUUUGUUAAACAGAACCAAGUCCUCAUACUAGUCUGGAUCGUUGGCUGUCUCUUGUUGAGCAUAUUUACCCUUCUCCCAGCGAUUAAGGUCGAAGACGCCGACACCAUCACCGCCGGAGGGCUUCUCAUGUUCGGAGCUGGUCUCUUAUAUUUGUACUUUGAGGAAAACAUUACUACGCGAUCAAAGUCCACCACAACAAAAGACGCACGGCCCAAUGUUCUCUCUCGCACCAUCAUGGGCUUGCAAGUCGGCAUCAUCCUACUCACCAUUAUUGUGACGCGGUCCAGUGUGGCCUCUAUUCAAGCAAAGAAAGGUCUACCGCUAGGCAACCAAGUUGUUGGUUGGUUUGUGUUUGUGGCUUCGAUGGUUCUCCCUUUCGUCCACCGCGUCGCCCCGAACAGACACUAUCUCCACCGCCUGAUAAUCAUAUUCCUCACAUUCUCACCCUGUUUCAUCAUCUUGACGAUUUCCUACGAAGGGUUGUUUUAUGUGGCAUUCUGUUCGACCCUGCUCGCUUGGGUGCGUCUGGAACAUGCCAUCCAGCUACACGAGCACGACGCUGCUUCGGCUGCGCAGACACCACCAUCGAAGAAAUCUGAGGAUUCGGCGGCGGCUACGGUGUCUACGGCCGGAGUCACAAUCACAUCGACCUCAGCAACCGGUCUGAACCUGCACCCAGAACAGACCUUCCGAACCCUGGCACUCCCGGAUCUCCGGCGGGCCCUGUUUGUCCUGUUUUUCCUGCAGUCGGCUUUCUUCUCCACCGGAAACAUCGCCUCAGUAUCCAGUUUCAGUCUGGACGCGGUGUACCGGCUCAUCCCGGUGUUUGACCCCUUUUCCCAAGGCGCUCUACUGCUGUUCAAACUCAUGGUUCCUUUUGCCAUCAUCUCGGCCGCCCUGGGGAUCCUCAACCGUCGACUGGGUCUCCAAAGCUCCGCGUUGUUCAUGACCGUCAUGGCCGUCAGUGAUAUCAUGACGUUGAAUUUCUUUUGGAUGGUCAAAGACGAAGGGAGCUGGCUUGAUAUCGGCACGACUAUAUCCCACUUUGUCAUUGGGAGCGUGCUCUGCGUGUUUGUCGCCGGCUUGGAGGGCGUUAGUCAUGUUCUCAUUAGCGGAGUGGAUGUUGCCGAUGUGGAUGUCGGUGGAGAUGGUCCUGUUACUGGUGCAGAGGGUUAUGAGGACAGGGUAAAGAAAGCCGGAGGAGUCGAUGUGGUCAACAAAGGCGCUGGUGCAGAACAAGCGCCGGACCUAAAGCCUGAGAAAGAGGCACAGGAUAUUGGCAAUGGUCAUGUCAAUGGCAAUAUUCAGGGCAGGCACGGGCAGCACGAUACGGAGAAGAGGCCCGUCAUUGAAUAGUGAAAACAUGGAUUGAGGGGUUUGAAGAUAGAUCCAGUAGGUGCCUAAUUGCAUGGUCGCAUUUUCUUCAAGAACAACCCCUAUUUACUACGAGUCGUGAUCUUGUCUCUCCCCUCAGGCUCCAGUCUACUUUGAUAUUGACAGAUACGGCGGGCUCAACUAGGGCGCAUGAUAAGAGGUGUACAACUUAGUGCGAAUAGACAGGUGUACAGUAGGGAGGCUCAGCGG